UGUAAUGUUACUCCAGGUCUGGUUUCCAGGUGAAAGUGGCAAAAUGAAAACCUGAGCUGCACGCAGAUAACGCUACAUAUGUAUCCAUUUUAUCAUAAUAGCCCUUAAGCUGCACCAAAUUGUGAUUCGGCUCACGACAACGCAAUUCUUCUUCUGUAAUAUCGACGACGUGUUUGUACGGUGUUUUUGCGAGGAAGGUGUCGUGUUGAUGCUGGUAUGUGGGCGGGUCAUCCGGUCAUGAGCGGGAACAAACCAUGAUGGGGACAAGACGCGGCUAUGUUUGGUGGACAUAACUGAUCGGGUCGUGCUACCAAAAUCUGCGCAGACAGACAGGGAGGCAGGUAGAAUGGCACUUGUUGAUCGAGUGAAUCAGCUGCUGGUGUGGCUCCUGCCGUGGACCUGGUACCUGCUGAGGAUUGCUCUGCGACUAGCCUUUAUCACCGUCAACAACCUGUACGUCAUCCCUGCCCAUUUCGUGUGGCUGCUAUGUCUGCAGCCUGUGCGCAUACUGAGACCUGAACUAUUCUGGCGACUGGAGGGCAUCAUGUUCAAGUGGCUUUUGGCACAGGUUGGCUAUUGGGGGUACAGUGCUGGAUACCAGAUGUAUGAGUGUGGAGAAGACAUCUCUCACACCUACAGUGACGAGGCUAUAGUGAUAGUGAACCACCAGUCCACAGCUGACGUGGCCACCCUUAUGGCGGCUCUUCAGCACAAGGGUCCGGUGGUGAGGCGCAUGAUGUGGAUCAUGGACUACAUCUUCCUGUACUCCAACUUUGGCUGGUGUGCCUGGGCUCACGGCGACUUCUUUCUGCAACAGGGUCAGCAGUACAGGGAGGUCAUGCUGAAGCUACUGAAGGAUCACCUUAAGACCAGGUAUUUAAACAGGAAUCACCAGUGGAUCAUCCUCUUCCCAGAGGGAGGAUUUCUCAGGAAGAGGAGAGAAAGGAGCCAGAAGUAUGCAAAAAAGCACAACCUGCCUGUCUUACAGCAUGUGGCACUUCCUCGAAUUGGAGCCAUGAAAACCAUUCUGGACAAUGCUGGCCCACCAUUGGCCCAGAGAAAUGGGCCACUGCAGGAAAAUGGUGCAGUGCACUCAGAAGGACAGCACAUUAAGUGGAUUGUUGACAUCACCAUUGCAUAUCAGAAUGGCAGACCACUGGACAUACAGACCCUUAUGUCAGCAUGGAGAACACCAUAUCCUACCACACUGCACUACAGAUAUUUCCCUAUUUCUGAGGUCCUGCGGGAUGAGGAAGGGCUGACAAAGUGGCUGUACAAGCGGUUUGAAGAGAAGGAAGAGCUUCUGUCCCACUUCUACUCCACGGGCCAGUUUCCCCCUGGCACGACUCGACCGGGUACAAAAACUACAGAUAAAGCUGUGGAGGUAACAUUUAGCCCAUGGUGGAUGCUGUCUAUCCACCUCUUUUACUUGUGUUCCACUGCUCUCCAGUGGUACACUGUCAGUACAAUGUUACAGUGGGUUUCAUAAUUGGGAAGUUGACUUCGGUAGUUUAACCACUGUGGGUCUUGUAAGAAACCUGUGCUGAGCAUGAUUGAGGCUGGAGGCCCAAACUGUAGUCAUGAGAUGGUUAAAACAUGCAGUCAAAGCCACAGAUUUCUGAAGUAUACGAGAAGUCAAUGUUGUAAACGUACCAGGACAGAUAAAUUGUGGAUAUUAAUUUUUGCAAGCAACAAAUUAUUCAUUAUCUGUUAGUUGCUGAGAGCUGUCUGGUAUACUAGUAUACAUUAUAAAAAAUUUGGGAAGGUGAGUCCAUAUCACUGUGCUUUUCAGUUUUGCCACCCUUUUUGUCAGUCUUUGUGCCUUUUGCACCCAUUGUUGAAUCUGAAAAAUGAUUCCUUCAGUAAUCUUGAAAUUGUUGUUUUAAAGCCUUAAUGUUUGCUGUGGGGAAGAGAAUUUCUUUCUGUUUUAAAUGAUUGGCCUUGGUUGUUUGGAUUUUCUUUGGUCAAACAGCAACUUAUUAACUUUUGGGAUUACUGUUGUUGUAGACCUUCAACUUCAAGCAGCAGGAAUGUACAAAUUUUGUACCCUGCCUGUGGUCAUGAAUCAUGAGUAUACAUUACAAGCUGAGCUGGCAGCCUUUUAGGUUACAAGACAGUUAUCACUGACUGGAGUCACAACAAAAUGAUAAAUUAAGGGAGGACCAGGAAUGAUGUUAGUGGACAGAUGAAAAUCUUGAUGCGAAUUUUAGACUUGCAGUCUCAACAAUGUUUUUAAACUAAAUCAUGUGAUAAUGUAACUGACGUCUGUAGGCAGUCUGUUGCUUGCCUUGGUGCGAUUUCUACCCGCAUUUCACUUCCCCUCAUCCGUCCUGAUCCUUUCCUCCAGUGCCAACUUUGACAUGUGACAGGUAACUGUAGCAUUCAGCAGGAUGGCUGACAUGAAACUCAGUGGUAAUUUGCCAUCCAUGUGUGUAUUUUUAUCAGUACAGCAGUGUUAGCAGCCAGUCAGUGUGUGAUGCCACGCAUUUUGUACCAAACUUGAAGAAUUCCUGUCAGGGUUUACCAUGUACUGCUUUGCCUCAUAACAGAUUUUUACAAGGUAUAUGAAAAAGAAUUUGAUGUUAAGGCAUAAAGUUUUAAUGAUGACUGUGACUCCCAUGAUUGCUUUCUUCCAAAUUAGCAUGAUGGAGUUAACAAUAUAUAUAUAUAUGUAUAUAUAUAUAUGCUAAGACGUGUUAGUUUUGUAGUACAUGUAUUGUACUGAAAGAUCACACAGCCAGUGAAACUGGUAUUGUCUGUUUCAAAUUUUGCAGUAGACUUUUGUUUCAUGACUCCUAUGAUUACUUACUUAUGUUAGUAUGAUGGAGUUAUAUUGAUAUAUAAUGUUGCUAGAAGGCACUAUAUGAUCAAUGGAUUGAACUCAAUUCAUUAAGCUCACAGUAUAAUUUAUGUAGUAAGGGAAAUUGUGUAAGUUAUAGUUAAUGUAUGUGAAUGAAAAUAGUAUACUUUCUAACACUGAAAAUACGUCAAAGCAAAAAUAUACUAACUAAAAAUUAGUCCAUAUUCGUUUAUAAAAGCUUUGCACAGUACGCGAUAUGUAAAGGUUGAUCUUAUCUCAAUGUACUAAUAUUGUUUUAAGAAUGUAAUCAUGCUUGCCUGUGGGAAAUUUGGUUGUGAGCUUCCAUGUUUACAACAAGGAUUUCUGUUUGUCACA